GCCCAGACUUCCUCUAUCAAGGCUCUCCCUCCUUCCUUUUCCUGGCAAGAUAUAAAAGGUCCGGGUACCCAGGAGAAAGCCCAGGAGCAAGAGUUCCAGCUGCCCUCAUCAUGAGCCCUGCCCUGCAGCUGGCUUUCCUGGGCGUGACCCUCAUGCUGCCCCGAGUGCAGGCCCUGACCUGUCAGUCGGGGACACAUAAUUCUUUGAGAGAUGUGUUGGAACUGCCCCUUGAGUGGACAGCUGGCCAGGAGUCAUGUGAAGAUGGCUGGGGUUGCCAAGACACACUGAUCCUCAUUGAGAAUGGACCCCAAGUGAAUGUGGUGAUCAGCAAGGGCUGCACCGCGGCGGCGGAUCAGGAUGUCCUCAUAAGGGAGCACAGGUCAGGCCCUGGCCUCUCCAUCCUCUCCUACACCCACGUGUGCCGGGAGAAAGACAACUGCAACAGCCUGUCCACCACCCUCCCACUCUGGUCCCUGCCCUCCACAACAGGCCCGGGCUCCCUGCGAUGUCCAGUCUGCUUGUCUACAGAAGACUGUGAAUCUGCAACAGAGCUGGCCUGCCCAGCUGGGAGCACACACUGCUACCGUGGGGCAGUCUGGAUCAGAGGAGGGAAUAUCUUCCAAAUUCUGAGAGUCCAAGGAUGCAUGUCCCAACCAGGCUGCGACCUGCUUAAUGGGACUCAGGAAAUUGGGUCCAUCAAAGUGAGUGAGGACUGCAGGCCUAAUGCUUUUCUGACCUGUCAACGGGGGAUCAUGUUGCACAGCCAUCAACAUCUGUCUCAGACACCCAUCAAGUGGACCCCAAAUAACUACGAGCUUUGUAACAUUGGGGAGGUGUGUCAGGAAACACUUCUGCUCAUCGACGUAGGACACAAAUCAAUCAUAGUAGGAAGCAAAGGUUGCAGCAAGGGCAGGACACAGGAUGCCCCAACUAUCACCAUACACUCGGCUCCCCCUGGAGUACUGGUGGCCUCCUAUGCCCAUUUCUGCUCCUCCAACAGAUGCAACAGGGCCAGCAGUACCAGUGUCUUGUUGAACUCUCUCCCUCAUUCAGCUGCCCCUGCCCCGGGAGAUUUGCAGUGUCCCGUCUGUCUGCAGAUCUUUGGAUCUUGCCCAGAAAACCCAGAAAAAGUUACAUGCCCCAGUGGCACCACUCACUGUUAUAGUGGUUACAUUACUCUCCGGGAAGGUGGGAUAUAUUCUGCAUUGGACAUUCAGGGCUGCAUGACCCAAGGUUCCAGCUCCUUGUUGAAUCAUGCCAGGACAAUUGGGGUCUUCUCUGUGAUGGAGGACUCUAAGAAGAGCCGGACCCAGUUCUCCAGACUGGGGAGGUCCCUACACAAAUGAUGGGGUUUGAGCUAUCCCUAGCCCCUGGUGUGGGAUGCCUCUCUGCUGACCCCAUUUCCCUAUGGCUCUUAGCUCCUUGCUGACCCCUAAACUAACCUUCCCUCUGAUUUCAUGAACAAACCGCCUUGGACACUGAAUUUGUUUCCUUGUCCUCUCCAUGAAUUGCCAUCCCCUGGUACAUCCAGAUACUUCAUGGCCUGAUAACAACAAGUGGAAGCAUCUGGGGGCAGCUGAACUUGCCCUCUGGGUGAGGGGAUAGUUAAGCAGUGGUCACAGCUGUCUGAUGAUAAAGAUAUCGUCCUUGGGGCUCCUGGGUGGCUCAGUGGUUGAGCAUCUGCCUUUGGCUCAGGUUGUGAUCCCGGGG